CUCUCUCUCUCUCUCUCGAACCUUACUUGUUCCAGUUUCUCUCUCUACCUAUACAUACAUAUAUAUACUCUCUGUAUAUGCAAUCUCUGUUUCUUCUUCUUUGAUUCUGAUUUCUAGUCCGGUUUUUGUUUCGGUUCCCUUCUUCGUUUUUUUUUGAUUGACGAAGUUUUUUUGUUAAUGGAGAUGAUAAUGGAGGAUUCGUGUUUGCUUUCGUUGAUUUCUGAGGUUUCUUCUGGAAGAUUCGCUGUGAAAAAUCGAAUAGCUACACGGUUCACGAAGAUACCUAUAAUACCGAAUACGCCUCGAUGUUGUAAGUUUAGGGUUUGUUAAAUCUUCUGCUAGGGUUGGUUACAUUUUACUUUUUAUCUCUUUUGUUUCUCACUGAAUCAAGCUGAAUUUGAAGAAUUUGGUGUGGAAUUUCGUAAAGGUUGUUGCGAAUUUGAGUUUGGUAUUUUGGGGGAAAUUGAUCAUUCGGAAUUACCGAAUUCUGAAUUCUCUGUUUGAUAAUUCUGCAUAAUUCGUGUGAAGUAGUUCUUUCGUUGUUGUAUUUCAUGCGAAAAUUCUAAAGAAUUUAGUAGCGUUUGGUGAUUUCUGUGAUUAUAUGGACAAUAUUGAAAAUCUGGUAAGAGAUCUGUUGGUUUUUGUUUUUCAGAGUACUGUUAGAAAGAUUUAAGAGACUUGUUUUUGUUGAUCAUUUUCAAGAAGUUGUUCUCUGAGUUGAAACUGGAAAAUUGGUUUGUGGACGGAUUGAAUGGCGGGUAGGCAAUUAGAUUUCCCUAAGACGAGUGGUGGUAAUUUGAAAGAGCAAUUAGUGAGGAGAACUUUGCAGAAUGUGAGGUCUCAAGGGCACAUAUACGUUGAGCUUAGAGAGGAUGGGAAGAGGCUAGUCUUUUUCUGCACGCUAUGUCAUUCUCCAUGUUAUAGCGAUUCUGUUCUGUUUAAUCAUUUGAAAGGUAUUCUCCAUACUGAAAUGCUCGCUGCUGCUAAAGCCACAUUGUUGAAACCUAAUCCUUGGCCCUUCAAUGAUGGUGUACUUUUCUUUAAUGAUCCGGAGCAAGAUAAGCACUCACCUGCUGUGAAUGUUGGGAAAAGCAGGCUGGUUGACACUUUUCUUGCAGAUGAAAAUAGCCUUGCUAUUGUUGAAUAUGAUGACAACUUGAGACGUGAUGGGGAUGGACAUGUUUCCCAGGAUGAUGAAUACUGCCUGCUGGAUAGUGAGUUUACUGAUAAUGGAGAGAGUGAUAACUUGGUUAUUCCGGAUGUGUUGUGGAAAGAUGAAUUAUCUGAUCUAGAAGUGAAGCUUAUUGGUAUUGGAAAAAUCGCUGCCCGGCUUAGUGUACGUGACAUUGACUCAAAAAGCAUUCGUAGAAUAUGGUGUGAAUGGUUGGCAAAGAAGGAUUCUGAUGAUGUCGAUGCCUCUGUGGUUCCAGAUCAUGACUUUGCGGUUAUUACAUUUCCUUAUAACUAUAAUUUGGGUAGGAAGACAUUACUUGAUGACAGAUUUUUGCUCCCCUCCAGUCCUUAUUCAGAAUCUGAGGAAAACAGUGGUGCUGGAAAGAGGAAGAGGAAGUCAUUUUCAGACCCAGAGGAUAUCAGUGAGUCUCUUAGUAAUCAAUGUGAUUCGUCCGGAGAAGAAUCUCAAUCAACAAAUAACUCAAAUCUGAAACUGAUAUUGGGAACACGUGAUGAUCAACUAGUGAAUUCAAGAAUUAUAUCCAGCAAAACUAUGAGGAGAGAGUUGAGGAAACAGCAGCGAGUAGCUUCUGAGAGAUUGUGUGAUAUCUGCCAACAGAAAAUGCUUCCCGGUAAGGAUGUGGCAACUCUUCUGAGCAGGAAAUCUGGAAAACUUAUGUGCAGCAGUAGAAAUUUGUCAGGGGCAUUCCAUGUAUUUCACGUAUCUUGCCUCAUUCAUUGGAUACUUCUAUGUGAAUUGGAAACUUAUAAACCUGUUGACGAACCAAAAAUGGGAACCAAAGCAAAACGAAGAUCUAAGAGGAAGACAGGAAACAAACGCAGUGCAAAAGUUAAGAAAGAUGAGAUAAAAGCAGCAAGGCAGAUAUACUCAGUGUUCUGUCCAGAAUGCCAGGGCACUGGUAUAAGCAUUGAGGAGGGAGAUGAGCUGGAGAAGCCUAUUGUCUCGCUUUCUGAGGUGUUCAGGCACAAAAUUAAACUCAGUGAUGCACGUAAAGAAUGGAUGAAGAAUCCUGAGGUAUUGCAGAACUGCUCAACAGGCUUCGAUUUACCGCCUGAGCAUGAUGAUCUUCUCCAGGAAUAUGUAUCACCACUCAAGUUGCUGCACUUUUAUCGCGCUAAUGUUUAGAGCUGAGCCUAUAUUUCCAAUGAGUCACAUUGAUGAGCGAUCACAGCUGUUAUAUGCGUAGAAUGAGGCUUUACUACUAUGACGUGUAGAACUUACUCUUUCUGUUGAUAUUAACCCUUUUGUAAAUGUCAUGUGUCUGAUGAAACUAUUGGUUGCUAAAGUUAGCGUAUAUGGAUGGACUUUAGAGAUGAUUGUGUAAUAUGAGUAGACAUGACUUUUCGAUGGAGAUGUACGUACUCCUAUUUGCUAUAGAUGCACGUAUCAUGCUUCACAGGUGUGAGACGAACGUAAAAUUGUCAGGUGGCGCAUAUUUCUUUUCGUGAGAGAAGUUUAAAUCUUUCCUGUGAAUCCCAGUAGAACAGGGUUUUGAGAAAUACUUGUCUAGGCUUGAGAUUUAUAUCAAUGUGGAUCCAUGCAGCUGCUUGAA